AUGGAUCAGUGUGAGGACAGAGAGGAGGGAGUCCCUCCCUCUAAAACCACUCUGUGUGGGGAACAUGAGAGCCAGACCAAAGCUCAGAGGAACCAACCUGGACCUGAACCCACCUCUGUGUCCUUACAGAGUGACUGGUCUAAAGAGGACAGAAUUAGUUUUAAUGUCCAGCCUGUAUCUGCUGCGGAGAGGAUCAAUCUGAUAUCUGAUCCCCAUGAACCUGGCCCCAGCUGUGUGUCCUUCAAGAGUGACCAAUCAAAGGGUUAUAUUAAAACAUUUAAAUCAGGCCUCUGUCCUCCUGCAGAGAGAGUGGACCAGGAGAGCUCAGAGCUUCCCAGUGGUCAGGCUGCCCAUCAGCAUCAAACACAGCUGGACUCCAUAUUUAUGGUCUUGGAAGACAAAAUGAUCACUUUUGUAAAAGAAGAACUUAAAAAGAUACAGAAGGUUCUGAAUCCAGAUUAUGCAGAAUGCUCACAGAGUCAAACGGAGAAUAACCAGGCAUUCAAGGGUGAGGAAGAAUACCAUAAGGACAGUAGAGAAUCAUUAGUAAAGAUCAUACUGAACUUCCUGAGGAGAAUGAAUCAGGAGGAGUUGGCUGAUGAAGUGCACAGCAGAACUUUAAUUAGGAACGCUGAGUGGACUAAGCAUCAACUUAAAUCUACUUUGAAGGAGAAGUUCCAGUGUGUGUUUGAGGGGAUCGCUAAAGCAGGAAACCCAACCCUUCUGAAUCAGAUCUACACAGAGCUCUACAUCACAGAGGGAGGGACUGCAGAGGUCAAUAAUGAACAUGAGGUCAGACAGAUUGAAAAAGCAUCUAAGAAGCUAGACAAUCUGGAGUCUACAAUCAGACAUGAAGACAUAUUUAAAGGCUCACAUGAAAAAGAUGAACCAAUCAGAACAGUGCUGACAAAGGGAGUGGCUGGCAUUGGGAAAACUGUCUUAACACAGAAAUACACCCUCGACUGGGCUGAAGACAAAGCCAACCAGGACAUUCAGUUCAUUUUUCCAUUCACUUUCAGAGAGCUAAAUGUGCUGAAAGAGGAAAAGUUCAGCUUGGUGGAACUUGUUCAUCGCUUCUUUAAAGAAACCAAAGAAGCAGGAAUCUCCAGGUUUGAAGACUUCCAGGUUGUGUUCAUCUUUGAUGGUCUGGAUGAGUGUCGACUUCCUCUGGACUUCCACAAAAGUACAAUCCUAACUGACCCUAGAAAGUCCACCUCAGUGGAUGCGCUGCUGAUAAAUCUCAUCAGGGGGAAACUGCUUCCCACUGCUCGCCUCUGGAUAACAACACGACCUGCAGCAGCCAAUCAGAUCCCUCCUGGAUGUUUUGACAUGGUGACAGAGAUCAGAGGGUUCACUGACCCACAGAAGGAGGAGUACUUCAGGAAGAGAUUUAGGGAUAAAAAGCAAGCCCACAGGAUCAUCUCCCACAUCAAGACAUCACGAAGCCUCCACAUCAUGUGCCACAUCCCAGUCUUCUGCUGGAUCACUGCUACAGUUCUGGAGCAUGUGCUAAAAACCAGAGAGGGAGGACCACUGCCCAAGACCCUGACUGAGAUGUACAUCCACUUCCUGGUGGUUCAGGCCAAAGUGAAGAAGGUCAAGUAUGACGGAGGAGCUGAGACAGAUCCACACUGGAGUCCAGAGAGCAGGAAGAUGAUUGAGUCUCUGGGAAAACUGGCAUUUGAUCAGCUGCAGAAAGGAAACCUGAUCUUCUAUGAAUCCGACCUGACAGAGUGUGGCAUCAAUAUCAGAGCAGCCUCAGUGUACUCAGGAGUGUUCACACAGAUCUUUAAAGAGGAGAGAGGACUGUACCAGGACAAGGUGUUCUGCUUCAUCCAUCUGAGUGUUCAGGAGUUUCUGGCUGCUCUCCAUGUCCAUCUGACCUUCAGCAACUCUGGACUCAAUCUGCUGGAAGAACAAAAAACUUCCCAGAAAUUUAAAACAAUAGAUCCUACAUUCUUCUACCAGAGUGCUGUGAACAAAACCUUAGAGAGUCAAAAUGGACACCUGGACUUGUUCCUCCGCUUCCUCCUGGGUCUUUCACUGCAGACCAAUCAGGUUCUCCUACAAGGUCUGCUCACACAGACAAGAAGUACCUCACUGACCAAUUCGGAAACAGUUCAGUACAUCAAGAAAAAGCUCAGUGAGAAUCUGUCUGCAGAGAGAAGCAUCAAUCUGUUCCACUGUCUCAAUGAACUGAAUGAUCUUUCUCUAGUGGAGGAGAUCCAACAGUACACAAGUUCAGGAAGUCUGUCCACAGAUGAACUGUCUCCUGCUCAGUGGUCAGCUCUUGCCUUCAUCUUACUGUCAUCAGAAAAAGAUCUGGAAGUGUUUGACCUGAAGAAUUACUCAGCUUCAGAGGACGCAUUUCUGAGGCUGAUGCCAGUGGUGAAAAACUCAAAUACAGCACUACUUGGUGGCUGUAACCUCUCAGAGAGAAGCUGUGAAGCUCUGUCCUCUGUUCUAAGCUCACAGUCCUCAAAUCUGAGAGAGCUGGAUCUGAGUAACAACAACUUGCACGACUCAGGAGUGAAGAUGCUCUCUACAGGACUGCAGAGUCUGUGUUGUACACUGGAAACUCUCAGGCUGUCAGGCUGUCUGAUCACAGAGGAAGGCUGUACUUCUCUGGCUUUAGCUCUGAGUUCCAAUCCCUCUCAUCUGAAAGAGCUGGAUCUGAGCUACAAUCAACCUGGAGACUCAGGAAUAAAACUGCUGUCGGCAGGAUUGAUGGAUCCAUCCUGGAGACUAGACACUCUCAGAGUGGAGCCUGCUGGAGUCCAAUGGUUGAGACCAGGUCUGAAGAAGUAUUCCUGCCAACUCACAAUCGACACAAACACAGUACACACAAACCUCCAACUGUCUGACAACAACAGGAAGAUGACACAUGUGGAGGAGGUUCAAUCAUACCCUGAUCAUCCAGACAGAUUUGAUCGACUUACUCAGCUGCUGUGUAGAAAUGGUCUGACUGGUCGCUGUUACUGGGAGGUCGAGUGGAAAGGAACGGUUCUCAUAUCAGUCACUUACAGAAGAGUCAGAAGGAAAGGAAACAGUAAAGCAUGUAUCUUUGGAUGGAAUGAUCAGUCCUGGUGUCUGUACUGCACUAAUGAUGGUCCCGAUUCUGUCAGGCACAACAACAAAGGAAUAUCCAUCAACUCUUCUUCUUCCGUCUCUAACAGAGUAGCAGUGUAUGUAGACUGUCCUGCUGGCACUCUGUCCUUCUACAAAGUCUCCUCUGACACUCUGAUCCAUCUGCACACCCUGAAAACCACAUUCACUGAAACUCUUUAUCCUGGAUUUAACCUCUGGUUUCCUGGUGCCUCAGUGAGUCUGUGCUGAAUUGAAUGUAAAGAGUGUCUCCUGUUAGAUAAACACUCUGACUGUACAUGUCUGUCUCUUUCACUCAGAAACACGUUUUCAGAUUCAUGGAUUCAAUCAGUUGAUAUUUUAAACUGUUCUUGUCCUUUAGUCCCUCAGUCCUUUAAAGAUGGAAGCUCCCAUUAUUCCAGGCUCCACAUGUUGUUUUUCUGUCUUUUUCCACUCAAAGCUUCACACUGAAUAUAAGUAUGUUGUGUUUCUCUGAAGUUCAGUUCACAACCAGCUCCUCUGCAUUUUCAACAAGU